AUGGCAAAAGAGAUACGGCCAACGGCGCCCAAUCCCGCAGACUCCUUCACAUCACAACCACCGAUUAUCGCUAGACAUGAUCACGAGUCGCGCAUAGCUCAACCUUCAACAUUCCUCCUUCCAAGAGGAAAGGUCGCCGAUAUGCAGCAAGAAAAGGCGCAGGAGAAGCCGCAGGAAAAGCUGAUGACUACGCUCGACAAGGACCAGCAGAAGGGUUUGAAAUCGAUUCGAGAUUUCCUCAAGCGCCGUACAAGCUACGAUGUUCUACCUCUUUCCUUUCGACUCAUCAUCCUUAAUACCGAUCUACUUGUCAAGAAGAGCUUGACCAUCCUCCUACAAAAUGGUAUCGUGUCGGCUCCGCUAUGGGAUUCGCACACUUCAACCUUUGCUGGUCUUCUUACGACUUCGGACUAUAUAAAUGUUAUCCAAUACUACUGGCAAAAUCCAGAAGCUCUCAAUCAAAUAGAUCAAUUUAGAUUGAGUAGCUUAAGAGAUAUCGAAAAGGCAAUUGGCGUAUCGCCCCUGGAGACGAUGUCGGUACAUCCUACACGACCUCUUUACGACGCUUGUCGCCAAAUGCUACAGACCCGAGCCCGCCGUAUUCCACUGGUCGAUCUCGAUGACGAAACAGGAAAAGAGAUGGUAGUUAGUGUGAUUACGCAAUAUCGUAUCCUGAAGUUUAUCAGUGUCAAUGUCGAUGAAACAGAAUUCUUGAAAAAAAGUGUAUCGGAACUAGGGCUCGGAACGUAUGGGGACCUACAAACCGCAAAUAUGGACACUCCGGUGAUCGACGUCAUACAUAUGAUGGUCAAACAUAGCAUUUCGAGCGUUCCCAUUGUUGACGAUGACUCACGCGUGCUUAAUCUUUUCGAGGCUGUUGAUGUAAUCACGAUCAUCAAGGGCGGUGUAUACGAUGGUCUGACUUUGACUGUGGGAGAAGCUUUGGCAAAUAGGGCGGAAGACUUUGCCGGGAUUUAUACGUGCAGUGAAGAAGACAGGCACAGACCUGAUCUCACUGGUCAUCAAAAUGGCCACAAUAGAUUUGAUCGGGCGAUUUCUUCAUAUUCGUUAAUACCAUUUUGUGGACUGCGGAUUAGGGAUAAUGAUAAGCAACAAUUAAAGAUUGCUGGGAAGCAUCCAGCGAUCAAUAUGCGACCUAAUAGUUAUCAUCUUAAUUCAAGGGCAUCAUCAGCUACACUAUCCCUCAGGCGACAGCAACAAGACACCGCGACCAUAUUCGCAGAUGAUGCAAGUAUUGCUCAAAAUUUGCUACGAGGCCAAGUGAUCCCUAUCAGAAGAGCAUCCAUUAGGGCGUUCCCAUCAGAUCCAAAUAUUCUUUUGAGCCGAUCUGGAGAUGGCCCUUCCAUUAUCGGGGAGCAACCUAGGGUUCGACGUGGUCUCUGCAGCAGUAAUACUUGGACUUCUUCGAGUGCCGGUGGUGAAUCUGAAAACGACGACUCGGAUGAUCGUACACAUUUUAUAGAAGAAUUCAACCGAUUGGCGGAUAAGCAUGGCGUACGGAAAUUCAUUCCAAGUGAAUACGAGGACACUCCAUGUAUUGAAGACGGGCCCGAUAAACAUGGUAAUUGGUUAUCACGAAAGAUUUUUAGACGGACAUCCUCAUCUCAGACGCCCAUUGUUAAGUCGAAGAAAGCGGAACGACGAGAUCUAAAAAAAAUGCGGAGCAUUAGCGACUCCUUGCGAUUGAAGGUUAGACGGGACUCACUCAAAGAUAAAGACUUGGUUGAACUUGUUCGUUUGUGUGGAUCAAGUCUGUUAUACCUGCCAGCCGAAUAUGCUACGAGCAGCUUAAAAUUACCAACUUGCAUUCGUGCUACAGCUCAAUACUUGAUACAGCAUGCUCCUGCCACUCGAGGAGUGUUUCGCAUACCGGGUUCUCAACAUACAAUUAACCUCAUUUAUGAACAUUAUUGUUUCAAGGGAGACGAAGGACACGUUGCAGGAACAGUAAGAUGCCCAACUCUACCGGACCAUAUCGACUGUGAUGUGCACGACGUUGCAUCUGCAUUCAAAAGAUUCCUCUCGGGUAUUCCUGGAGGUAUUUUAGGGUCACUCCCACUGUUCGAUGCUCUCGUCUCCAUCCAAACGCAUCUUAGGGGUGAUCCGGAGUUGACACGAACUAAGCAUACCAAAGUUCGAGCGAGACUUAUGGCAUUGUCUAUAUCGACUUUGAGAUCAACGUACAGAAGAGAUCUUAUCUGUGCAGUCUUAGGAUUACUCUGUAUGGUUGGUCGUGCAGCAGAGACAGCGCGGAGGGAAGACGAUCGGGGCAGGCCCCUCCCUACUUCCGAUCUCAUGGGAUACAGACCGUUAGGGAUUGUUUUCGGCCCUCUACUUAUGGGUGAUCUACUGCACAACUACAAUAUCCGCCUGGCCAACGGCUACGGUAAUUUAGUACUCACUCCUUUGAGUCCGCCAAAAACUAGAAAGGAGAGGAAAAAAUAUAAAAGUGCAGAAGAGGGUGUCACUUUCAAUAAUACAGUAGACAAAAUCAAGGUUGCUUGCGAAAUCAUGGAGAUGCUCAUCACUCAUUGGCGUGAUAUAGUCCGCCAUAUGAAGAACCUAGACACUCUCCCAGCUGACGAUGGUUGCAAGAGUUUGGCUCUUCGGGGUAAAAAAGAACCCAUGUUACGUCCUUCGAUGUCGGAGUCCUUCUCUUUACGAAGACCUCCCGACUGGACAUAUGACCAUCCCGAAAGGAACACUAACAGGGAUCAAUCCCCGACGCCACCACAGCGUAAGCUUUCACCUCAUUCAUGCCCUAAGCAUACCGAAACACUAGGUAACCACGGAGAGCUCGCAGAAGAGCGAGCACCUGAUGACCACGCGGAUACCAAGCAGCUAGAUCCUUUGCUAGUCACAAAGCAACGAUCACGUCAACGACUACUACCGGGAGAAGCUCUCAAAAAUGCAAAAUCAGUAAGUGCUCUUUCGGCGGCAAUGGUCAAAGAGCAUCCCGAUGAAAACAACUUUGAGGAAGGUAAGUUGAGUUACAAGCAAGCCUCCCAAAUUCCUGGGCCACCCUCAUCUACGACAGAUGGGAAAGAAAACGAUCAGAAAAUUUCGGCCGGUGAACGCAGUACUGGACGUCGCGUCAAAGGUAUCGUUCGAAGGUUCGAAAGCGAAUCGAAUGAUGCUGAGGUCUUGCUACCUGACACAGAUUCUAAAGACUUCGGGUAUGAUAAGGCACUUGACGCACAAUUAAGCCGACAAUCACAUGAUAAGCCUUCGAACGAGACGAAGACAGCCAGUUCGUCCUCCAUCUUGCAUGAUGAUAAUGGGACAUCUAUGCAAGCCUCUUCGUCAAGUCCUCGGAUCACUCCAUUAGGCAGAGAAAAUCACAUCAGAUUCGCACCUAAAACAUCUUCUAUGCAGGACAGUAAAGAUUUUCGAAGACGUCAGGGUCUUACAACUUCCGAUCGCUCCAAUGCAAGUAGCAUUAUAGAUCCACUAUCUCGGGUCUCAUAUGAGGAAGACCAAGCAUCCUUAGCUGUGCUGGGCAAGGCUUUGGACUCGCCUGAUAUAUCAAUGAAAUCAGAAAAGUCUACCGGGAAAUUGGAGAAGGCAAUAAAACAUGAUUCUGGGGUAGACUUUCUCGAGAAAAAGGAAAUCGAGAAACCUGUUACACCAAACUUUUCACGCCCUGAACUGCCUCUCCAGAAUGUUUCCGACACACACAAGAUCACAACGAUACACACCCCAAAAUCGACAACGAUGCACGGGAAUGAUGUCCAACCCAGCAGUCGCAGUAAAUUGCCCCGAACGACUGGUUCUGCUGCACAUCUUGUCACGACGUCAGAGGAACCUAAAAUAACACAGGCGAAGAGUAGGUUUCCCCAUGAAACCGCUUCACCAGCUACCUUGUCGAAAGUAGCUUCGAUCAGAGAAAUGUUCCGAAAACGAAAAUCUGAGAGCCGAUCCUCAAAAUCAACUGAAGAACACCACAAAAGUGAACCUUUUAAGCCAGUCAUGGAAUAUCACCCAGAGCCCCCUCCACAAAAGAUUCCUACCCCUGAACUCGCAACCACGCCCAAGAAAGUCGGUGUCAGAGCUAUGGCAGAGAAGUUCGACUCUGUGACGGCGACACCACCUCCGCCGUCGUCACCAUUGCCAAUGAAGUCUGCCCGACCAGCGCCCAUAACAUCUGUAGAUACCCGAAGAGGUGGUGGCGUUGUUUCGCCUUAUACCAUCAAUCCACCACCAUCGCCAUCGAGAUCGAUUGCAUCAAUCAAAUCCGCAAAAUCCAUUCGGUCUUUUCGUAAUGCAGCCUUAGCUCAACGCUAUCAGCAAGCCCAAGAACAGUCAUCGCCUACUAAAAUACUAGCUCCAAAGAGAGUCUUGAGAGAGUUCGUACCAGAAUCCACCCCACCUCGAGCUAUAGUUGAGGAUUCUCACGAGGACUCUGUAUCUUCAUUGAAACGUCCACUUUCUGCUUCCAACUCACUCUCUGUCCCACUCAAUCCAGUGUGUCAUCCACCGCCUCUGCCAAAUCGACCCGCUGGAAUGGAUGGGGCACGUAGUAGUAUUGGUAGCUCGGACACUCUUGCUCUCACAUCAUCUGAGUUUGAUACUGUACAUCAUUUCCUACAUUCGCAAUCGCAACUUACUCACGAUGCAACACUUUGCAAGAACACCUUGACUCGUGGUAACACAGUCUUACAUUCGCAGAUCCGAAGUCUUCAGCAGCAACUGUAUGAGAAGAUUGAACAAAUACGACAAUUACAACGACGGAUGGAAAUGAGGUCAAGCUCUGAUACUGAGAAUAUUGGGUUGGCUGAGCAGUUGAGAGAAGCGAGAGAGGAAAGUGAGACGUGGAGAAGGAGGGCGGAAGGGGCAGAAAGGAAAUUAGAAUUGAUGGAUGUUAUUAGUGCUAGAAAUAAUGCGAGAAUGGAGGAACAGCGAGGAUUUAGCAACCGGGCUAGAGAGAUCCAAGCUGGGGAUGGUGUUGGUAUGCAUGGACGAGGAUAUAGUGUCGAUGGCGGAAUGAGGAAACUGAUUGUGAAGAGGAGGAUGGCUGGUACGCUCAGCUCGGAGGAAAGUACGGGGAGCAGUGGUACGGUUAUUAGAGAGAGGAGUAGGAUGGGGAAAGAUGGGAACGAGGGUGGAAGUGGUAUUGAUGGGAAUGUUACUUCAGAUGGGAUUAGACAUAAUGACUGGGCAAGUCAGACACUUUCCAUUAUGGAUGGUUUAAAAAGUUGGGAAAAUUGA